UUUUGGUUUUCCUUCCAUCACGAAAAGACGUCUCGCUCCGAAGAUGUGCAACGCGUAAUUUUGCACCAGCCCAGUGUUUGGUAAAAUUGACGAAAAAGGAACGAAACGAGCACCCGCCAUACAAAUUUUCCCUCAGUCGCCCCGGAAUAAUAUGGCCAUAUCGUUGUUCCAGUGGAAUCAAGUCGUUAAAAUUGGAGGCUCCCGUGAAAAGUGGUCCCCUUUGGUGAUUGUGAUCCGCUACUCCGACCGUGAACUAGGCAGCGACUAUUGAUAGACCUCUCACCGGAUACUGUGCGAUAGAAAAUUUUCAAGGUCACCUGCGGCGGCGACAGCAAACGCAAAUCGAACGGACCGAAUGGAUUCAACCGGAGACGCCGGCAAAGAGGACGACGAUGAGAGUUCUUCCUCCUCGCCGUCGGACGAGGUGUCAGUGGGAAAAGAAAGCGGCUCCGAAACUAUCCAGUCGGCGCUGGACGAAUUUCGCGUAAAAUGGAAGCAGGAGUUGCGGAAAGAUGGCAGCCCCAGUGGAAGUAGCUCGCCGCAUAGGGAGAAACCUCGGCCAUCCGGUGGCAAUGCGGGAUUGGAGAAUGAAAAGGAGAAUGUGUCGAUUGAGCAGCAGGCGCGAGCUUUAUUCCUGCAAGGGUCUGAGUUGGAGCGUGUAGGCAAGGUCUUCGAAGCGAUGCGCCUCUACCGCAAGGCAGUCCAGUUGGUACCAGAUAUCGAGUUCAAAAUCUACGACAUCGCAAAGCAGCAGGACCACGCAACCGCCGGCAUGAACUUGGAAAUGGAGCAGCUGUCCAACGAGUUGAUGCAAGCGAGUUUGGAAGACGACGAAAAUUUGGAAAACGUCGAUCUGGUGCUGCGCUUCCAGUCUCUGCUGGCCAAAUCGGGUAAGCUGUUCGAAAGUGCUUCGGCGGCGGACAAGAUGCUGAUUGUAACAUCGGCCCACUUUUCGGACCUACCGAUGGAGGUCAUUCUCUAUAUCCUGCGGUGGGUCGUGUCCAGCGAGCUCGAUCUCAAAUCGAUGGAACGAUUCGCGAGGGUUUGUCGAGGAUUUUAUUUGCUGGCAAGAGAUUCCGAGAUUUGGAAGCGGGCUUGUGUAAGAAUAUGGGGCGUCAAUGUUGGUCACCUGAAGGGGUCACCUUUCGGAACCUGGCGCGAGAUGUACAUCAAUCGCCCAAGGGUGCACUUCCACGGAUGUUAUAUCAGCCGAACAAGCUAUCUGCGUUACGGUGAGAACAGCUUCCAGGAUCAGUUUUACCGACCGGUUCAGCUGGUGGAGUACUAUCGUUACUGUCGGUUCUUUGCCGAUGGGAAGGUGUUGAUGCUCACCAGCGCAGAUGAACCGCAGGCUUGUGUCGGGAAGCUCAAGAACCGUUACGCACAGCAAGCCGAGAUUCUUCACGGACACUACAGAUUACACAAUGAUGAAGUGAUUAUUGCUAUACAACGCAAUCGAUCGAACGUUCAAAGUCAACGUCCGGGACGUAAGAAAGAAAUUGCCGGAGAAUACGGUCAGCAAACAUUUUAUCUUGAAUUGAAUAUCGUAAGCACCGCAAAGCGAGCUUACUCACAGUUGCACUGGAAGCAGUAUUCAAUGGUACAGUUGCGUAAUAACCAAGAGAAAACGACGGUCUUCGAACUGGCGCCCAACAAAUAUCCAGCGCUGUACUUUUCACGUGUUAAGAGCUACCACCAAGAAUCAGAAGGUCCUCUCAAGUGAAGAUGUCUCUUGUAAUCCGUUUUAUCCCAUUUUCUGGGUAGCUUACCAAAACUGAGGUAGGUAACUAUUAAAAGUUGUUUCUUAAUCUGGCAUAAUUGAUUUAUUUCCACAUAAAAAGUUGCUGUGCUACUUAUUACACUGAAACAAAAUAACACAGUGAAAGUGUUUUAAAACUAUACACAAUAUAAUCCAA